ACAUGAUGGUACGAGGCCAUUCAUGCCACGUCUCACUAUUAUUUUCUAAAUUCUGUGCAAAUAGAACCAGGCUUCUACUGGAGAGAGGAAUGAAGAGCCUUCUACUUUUAUUUUUGUUCUUUAUAACAUUUUCUUCUGCAUUUCCUGUAGACCGAAUGAUGGAAAAUGAAGAAAACAUGCAGCUGGCUCAGGUAGAAGAAGCCUUAUUUUCUUCUGUGGAGUUUGGAGUUUCAUGGAUUGUGUGGUUUGGCUAAUUCUGGUCACUCAUAAAUCAACCAAUUCUCAGUAAUUGAAAGCAGUAGGGUGACUUGUUUCUUUCCUCCUUUGUGUCCUUCCUUUCUUGUUUCUUCCCUCCCACCUUUCUUUCCCUCAUUAAUUAUUUUCUUUUUUUUUUUUUAUUCCUUUCUACUGCCAAAAGGAUUUCAGGCAAUUUUGUUUUAUCCUGAGAUGGAGAUUUGCUCUCCUGUAGUCGGUGCCUUUUUUUGUCUUUUUGGUCAGGCAUAUCUCAACCAGUUCUACUCUCUUGAAAUAGAAGGGAGUCACCUUGUUCAAAGCAAGAACAGGAGUCUCAUUGAUGGCAAAAUUCAGGAAAUGCAGGCAUUUUUUGGAUUGACAGUGACUGGAAAACUGGACUCGAACACUCUUGAGAUCAUGAAGACACCUAGGUGUGGCGUGCCUGACGUGGGUCAGUAUGGCUACACUCUCCCUGGGUGGAACAAACACAACCUCACAUACAGACUAAUGAACUACACUCCGGAUAUGGCACGAGCUGAUGUGGAUGAGGCUAUCCAAGAUGCUUUAGAAGUGUGGAGCAAAGUUACUCCACUAACAUUCACCAAGAUUUCCAAGGGGAUUGCAGACAUCAUGAUUGCCUUUAGGACUCGAGUCCAUGGUCGGUGUCCUCGUUAUUUUGACGGCCCCUUGGGAGUCCUCGGCCAUGCCUUUCCUCCUGGUCUGGGCCUGGGUGGUGACACUCAUUUUGAUGAGGAUGAAAACUGGACCAAGAAUGCAGAAGGAUUCAACUUGUUUCUUGUGGCUGCUCAUGAAUUUGGUCAUUCACUGGGGCUCUCUCACUCCAACGAUCAAACAGCCUUGAUGUUUCCAAAUUAUAUCUCACUGGAUCCUAGCAAAUACCCACUAUCUCAGGAUGAUAUCAGUGGAAUCCAAUCCAUCUAUGGUCGGCCUAAGGUACCUGCUAAACCAAAGAAACCCACUGUACCCCGUGCCUGUGACCCUGACUUGACUUUUGAUGCUGUCACCACUUACCGCAGAGAAGUAAUGUUCUUUAAAGGCAGGCACCUCUGGAGGAUCUAUUAUGAUAUCACUGAUGUUGAAUUUGAAUUAAUAUCUUCAUUCUGGCCAUCUCUGCCAGCCGAUCUUCAAGCUGCAUAUGAGAACCCCAAAGAUAAGAUUCUGGUUUUUAAAGACGAAAACUUCUGGAUGAUCAGAGGAUAUGCUGUCUUGCCAGAUUAUCCCAAAUCCACUCACACACUUGGUUUUCCAAGCAAUGUGAAGAAAAUAGAUGCAGCUGUUUGUGACCAAAACACAAGAAAAACCUACUUCUUUGUGGGAAUUUGGUGUUGGAGGUAUGACGAGAUGACCCAAACCAUGGAGAAAGGGUUCCCACAGAGGGUGAUAAAACACUUUCCAGGAAUCGGUCUCCGUGUUGAUGCUGCUUUCCAGUAUAAAGGCUUCUUCUAUUUCUCCCGCGGAUCAAAGCAAUUCGAAUAUGAUGUUAAGGCAAAGAACAUUACCCAAAUGAUGAGAACCAAUACUUGGUUUCAGUGUAAAGAACCAUUAAACUCAUCAUUUGAUUUUGGUGUCAACAAGGAAAAAGCACAUUCGGGAGGAGUGGAGACAUUGUUUCGUAAAACUUCAAGCUUGUUUAUUUUCAGUAUUAUUCAUCUGCUGAAAAAUAUUUAUAGUUAUCAAUAAAUUCACAGACCUGAAAUAAAACUCAAGAGGUCUUUUAAUCUAAACUCUGCCUCAAAGUAGAAUAGAACCAUUCUUAAACAUCAAAUUGCCAGUCUUAGGUCUAAAUACCUAUUGGAUAAAGAUUCAACAACCAUUUGCAGCUGCCUAAUUCUUUUAACAGGAAGUUGUUAUGUAUGAACAAAAUCCCUGACUGUACUUUAAGCCUAUUAUAUGCUUUGUGAAUUUGGAGAAGCUAGACAUGUCUUAUAACUAAA